CUAGGCCGUGUGUAACCCCUGCGUGUUGCUUGGCGUUGUCGAAGACGUAUGGCUUCGCCCUUGUAACAAGUUAUGGCGGCGGGUUUCAAGGUGGCGCUUGAGAAGUCUCAGUUUUUCCUCACCACCAUUUCUUUUCUGGAGCACGUGGUGACAGACAAGGGACUCCAACCGGAGCCGCUGAAGAUGGCAGUUGUCGGGGAUGCGCUAGUACCUACCACUAUCACGCAAGUUCGCGCCUUUCUAGGCCUAGCCUCGUAUUACCGAAGAUUUAUCAAGGUCUUCGCGGCGACUGCGAGACCCCUCACGAAUCUCCUGCGAAAGGAUCAACCGUUGAUCUGGACGCCGGAGUGCGAUCAAGCAUUUUCCAAACUCAAGGCUGCUUUCAUUUCGGCUUCGGUCCUUAUAAGACCAGAUCCCGAAAAACCUUUUGUUCUCAUCAUGGACUGGCAGCCAGAGGCGAUCUCGGCGAUCCUUGCCCAGGUGGGACUUAGCGGACUCGAGAGUGUAGUGGAGUAUGCGUCUAAAUCAGUGCCCGCCUGCAAGCGCAAUUACGCCGCUCCGACGGGUGAAUGCUAUGCGGCUCUCUGGGGAAUCAGUCACUUCCGUGCUUACCUGUACGGGCGAAAAUUCACCCUGGUGACUGAUCAUGAGCCCCUGUUGGCCCUAAAGAAGUCGAAGGAUUACUCGGGCAUGAUCGGGCGAUGGGCAACGCUGCUGCAGAGCAUGGACUUUGACAUUCGUCAUCGAAAGUACGAGAGACACGGAAAUGCGGACGGACUGACACGACUGCACCGGCCUGAGAAAGUUCCGAGGAAUGAGGAGGUGAUUCCGUGGAAUGGACCCGAGCAGAAGAUUGGACCUCGGUACGGCCAAGUGGAGAUUUUGUCAAAGCAAACGAGCCAUGUCACCACAGUGGCGGAAUUCACCAGCGACCUCAGCUCGGUCAAUCCGCUGCGGCAUACCGCGAUCUUGGCCUCGCUGCACGAGUGGACGGAGCAAGUGUCCAACGAGCUCAUCACACCGAUCGUGCAAUUGGCGGACGAUCUCUUGCCCGACAUCUACUUUCAAAGCGACAACAGUCCUGCUCCGUACAUUUUCGAGCGAUCCCUAGAUCCGUACCUUCAGCGGACUUCGUGCCUGGAGGAACCUAGGGACGAGGAUACCCUACCAUCGCGGCUGGAGUAUCUGAAGCCGUACGAAAUCAUCCCGUACGCCUUCUAUCCGAAGGCAGAGGAAGUGGUGAUCAACGACGACUACAACGAAGAAGACAACAACAAGGAAACAUCGGAGGAGGGAAGCUAUAGUGAACAUAGAGAGGGCGAGAUGAGUGAGGAGGAAAAGGAGGAAGAAGGAACCGGAUCCGAGUGGGGAACCCCACCGGAGGAAGUGACACGUACGGGAACGGAGGCGGAAGAUCCGGAAGUGGCGCGAAGGCGUGAACAGAUUGCCUCCAGAAAGCGCCAGCUGGAGUUCGUUAGCAAGGAUAGCCUGCGCAUCGACGCUAGUCAGUACAGCAUAGCUGUCGUCCUACAGCAAGAUGACGACAAUGACCAUAGGCCCGUAAAGUUUAUGUCAGCCAGACUGCCCUCAGAGAAAGUUGCAGCAUUGACAUAUGAGAGGGAACUCUAUGCUCUCAGGCAGGCUUUAAAUCACUGGAAGCACUACCUGCUUGGGAGACACUUCAAGGUAUAUUCUGAUCACGAGACUCUUCGAUGGCUAAAGGCACAUACCAAAAUGACGUUGAAGUUGACUAGAUGGGCUGAUGCGAUAGACCAAUUUGACUUUGAGUUAAAGCCUGUAAAAGGAAAGUAUAACGUGGUAGCCGAUGCUCUGAGUAGGAGAGCUGAUUACUUCGGCACGAUAGUGCAGUAUCUAGACAUAGGGGCCGAUCUGCAGCAGAAAAUCAGAGAUGCACACGCUCACGACCUGAUCUACAGGAGGACGUGGGACGUGGAGGAAGGCGAUAGUGGGGGGAGGAGGAGGAGGCCGAGGAGGAUGGUGAUGGCGGAAAAGGAGGGCGAUGGUGGAGGAGGGAAGGAGAUUGGAAAUGAAAGGAGCGCGGUGGUGGAGAACGACUAGAAAAAAAAAAAGAAAGAUGGAAGCGGGAGGGCGAGGAGGAGGCGGGCGAUGUCAGAGGAGGAGCUUUAGCCGCUGCGCAGUUUACGACCUCUUGUGGAUGAAGUGAAUGGUGGAGUCAUCGUUCUCAGCUCGCACGUCUUUCUGUGGUUGGUGGAAUCGGAAACUGCUUCCUCGUGACGUCCAGGGGGGCGCUUGUGUGUCACACGUUGCGAGUAUAACUCCGUUCCCGCGUUUUUUUUCCCGCGUUCUUUUGAACUGUUGCUAGUGACUAACACGUGGUGAGGGUAGCGCGCUGCUUCCGCAUCGGGACAACGAAGCAGUUGCCUCGGAGAGAGUUGCGGGGUCAGCAAUUCUCCGGUGUGCUUGUGUUGUCGUCAUCCGCGGCUGUCAGUAAACAGAGCGGUGGUGCAAUGGCGGUGUCGCGGAAAAGUUUCUCGACAGCAGACCGCGCUAUGUGCGCUGUUGCAGUUUUGGUUGCUCUUGUCCUUUACCAGUCGGCUACAAGCGCUCAAGGUCAGGAGGGGCAGCGCUUGAAACCUGUGGACCUUUGCGACUUUUUUAUGGAGGGGCUAGGCUAUGGAGAUAUACCAGUUAUUGUUCUCAACGCAACAGGAAAUGACCAGGCGUACGGAGUGCCGCUCACCAGCAUGGUUGUUCAGGGGGUUGAGCAGAAGGUUCUGAACGCGAAUUCUGGCCCGUGCGCGUUCCUCUCCCCUGCUGGGGUAAAUUUUUCCUGCGGGAAUCAAAUUUAUGUCAGCGGUAGGCUGAUUCAAUCGAGAACUUUCAACAGGCCCGUUUACGAUUUCCUCAACAAGCUUGUGGUCAUCUAUCUCAUCAAUGUGCAAUUGAACGGGACCACUCUCUUUCUGAAUGACACGAACACCCUGUACAGAAUGGACAGGCGAUGUGUGGCUGUGUAUACAAUGUGAGGGUAUACAAUGUGAGGGGAUCAGUACUCGACGAGAGAUUUACUUCAAUUUAUCGCAGUGUUAUGUUUCUUAUUACUUAUUGCGAGGUUCAGGCCAUGUCUAGCUUAGUCUGAUUGGUCCUUGUCAGUGUCGGUUUGCUCUCAUUUCCAGAUAUUACUAUUAGGUAGGUAUAGUGAUGGUGGCAUUCCCUAACGCUUGUGCUCUUGGAGAGGAGGGUGGGAGAGUAGGGAGGGGAUCACGUCGGCUAAUUGUCGUCCGCUGGAGUUGACUCAAUGGCUCGAGACAGUAGUAUGAGCCCGGGUGAUAUGACUCUUGGCCUAUGUCGGGAUUGGCAAUUGAGGAUUCGAACUGCCGUUGUUCGGCUUGAGCUGUGUUUGCCGAGGACGUUGCCAGGGGACAAGGGAUCUCGAUGGGAUGAUUUAUCCUUGUCUCUAAGUGGCAAAGGGAAUUGGAGGGAAAGAGAAGCAAGUUGGGAGUCGGAACGAUGAGGCAGGGUAGAGGAAGGGAAGGGAAGUGGUGGAGAAGAAACACUCAAACGUGCAGGAAGGUGCUACAUUGGGGAAGGGAGGUCUGAAAGGAGGCUAUUUUAUUCAGGCUGAUAUCCGAGCGUGCUUGCGCGUGUUCACGAUGUGUUUGCCAAUUCUUGUUAUAUAUAUACACAUACACACACACACACACACACACACAGAGAUAGAUAGAUA